UGAAGCCUGCGGACUGUACUCCUUGUCGUCGCUGCUGAAACGGAGAUGACGGGCAGCCGCCGAACCACACACCGUCUUUGGCGUGCAGACAGACACCCAGGGCACGCAGAGGAGCCAGCGACCCUGCUCGCCCAGACCCUUCCCUGUCGGCUGUCCAGCCAAGAAGAAGAGAAUUGUGUGUCCCGGACUAGCUAGCCCCCUAACUACACGCGACACUUCUCCUGGACCCAGCCGGCGAGCUUCCACGCCGCCGAUCCGCCCCCUGUGAACGCGGCGCAAGGGCCGGGCCGGGGGAUGCGGGUAGGGGAAUCUGGCUCCACGAAGCUCAGAACCUAGUCCAGCGUAACAGAACCCCGCACUCCUCUGCGUGCUGCUUUGCAUCUCAUUUACAUACGAUUGAGAAGAGCCCCGGGAGUUCUCCAGUCCUUCAGCCUCAGUAUCCUAAAGACGGUAGAAGGAAAGUGCAUCCGCACCACCCUACACCCGCAAUGCCAGCCUCUCGUCUGUGAUCCUUCAAGAUCAGCAUCAAAUCCCAUUGGCAGCCCAGGCGCGCCUGGAUGAGAGGGUUUACCAGCCCCUGCCAGCUAGCUAUGGAUGGAUGAAAGGAGAUUUCUCUAACCUUCCAUUCUGUGACCACCUUCUCUUCUACCAUGGAGAAAGCCUCGUUGCCUCUGACUAUAACAUCUCACCCAAGGCCCUUUAACCAACAACUCCCAGAGCCUCCAGCCCCGAGAUGUGUCUUGGAACCCCAGGACAGCCUCGACUUGGCCCCUGCCCUUGUGUGUGCCCUUUGCUGCUGCUUUGGAAUCAUCUACUGCUGCUUUGGCUACCGCUGCUUCAAGGCAGUGAUGUUUCUCUCCGGUCUGCUGUCAGGAGCCCUGGUGAUCUUCCUCCUGUGCCAUAAAGAGCGGGUGCUAGAGACACAGCUGAGCCUGGAGGUGAGCGCAGGCAUCGCGCUGGGCAUCGGACUCCUCUGCGGCCUGGUCACCAUGCUGGUCCGCAGUGUCGGGCUCUUUCUGACCGGUCUCCUGCUAGGUCUGACCCUGGGUGCUGGAACCUUACUGGGCACUGAACCCGUCUACCAGCCACAUUCAGCCUGGGUGCCAGUCGGCGGACUAAUGGGACUGGCACUGCUGGGAGCCCUGCUCACACUUCGGUGGCCACGUCCAUUCACAGUCCUGGGCACAGCACUGCUAGGUGCUGCGGUGCUGGUGGCCUGUGCUGACUACUUCCUGGAAGGACUGGCACUGGGCACUAGGCUGGGUGAACGCCUGCAGGCACUUCCAGAGUUGCCUCCUCUCUGCUGGUAUAGCUGGGUCUUGCUGGGAACCUGGCCAGUCUUGGGGGCUCUUGGGACACUGGCCCAGUGGAAACUCAUGGCUGAGGAACAAGGGAGCCACACCAAUGUGAUCUUGAGCCACCAGCGAAGGCAUCUCCAGCUCCUUCGGAUCCAUCAGCAAGAAGCUAAGAGACAUCGGAACUCUUCUGGGACAGGACUGUGUGGAGGCAGCUACCGGAGCCAGCUUCCCCCCAAUAUCCGGAGUCCAGCUCCAAGUUAUCUGCAGAGUCUUCGUGAGUGUGAGCUGGCACCAUGCACCCAGGCCACGGGCCCCCACUGUCCUGGACCUGGAUUCUGAUUGCAGCUCCACUGUCCUGCUUACCACGCCUCACUCUGACCAGACCUGAGCCUGACCUCCUGACAUGGGUACCCCGGGUGAGGGCAGGAGACUGCUAAGUGGAUAGGGCCUGAGCCCAUCGAACCCAUACAGAUUUCCCUACCUCUUAGACUUGGGAAUAGGUUCUGUGCCCAGACCAACCCUUUUAGAGACAGGCGGAGAAAAUUCUUAUAAAGAUGGGGGGCGGGGGGGGAGACAAAGUGCAAGCACCUACCUCCGUCCAGUAGUAGGGGUGCCCUGGUCUCUAAAGACACUGAUCUGAAACAAGGAGGUGUGCCCAAAAUAGCUUUUUAUUAAUUUCUGUAAUGCUGAGGUGGAACCCAGAGCGUUGCCCAUAUUAGGCAAGUGUUCUGAACUACAACCCAUUCCCAAAUACCUGGGUUUUUGUGUUUUUUGUUUUUUGUU